CAAAUUUCAAACAAUCAAGAUAUUUUGCACAGUUGAGAAAAAAGAACGACAGUUCAGGGAUCAAAGAUUUCUGUCUUACACGUCAAGAUGAAACGACAAAUUAUUAUAAAUGGUGGUUCCAGCGAUUCGUCUUUCCAGUGGUACGAAAAUGCCAAUCAUUGGUUUGGGAAUGUGGCUGUCCAAACCUGGUGAAGCAGCUGAUUCAGUUCGAUAUGCACUCAACUGCGGAUACCGGCUAAUUGAUACAGCCGCUUGUUAUUUUAAUGAGCAAGACCUGGGCAAAGUUUUGGACGAGGAAUAUAUCAAACCUGGUAAACUGAAGCGAGAAGAUAUAUUCAUUACUACAAAGCUGUGGUGCACUCAUAAUCGAGCGAAAGAAGUAGAGGGACAAUUAUGUCAAUCGCUGGAGAAAUUGCGGACAAAUUAUGCGGAUUUGUAUCUCAUUCAUAUGCCGACCUCUUUUGAUCAUGAAAUGAAGAAGCCGGACACUUCAGAUUCAUUGGAAAAGCUGUGGACUGGUAUGGAAGGGGUGUUCAAAAAAGGCUUGACGAAAGCGAUUGGUGUUUCUAAUUUCAGUAUUAAUCAAAUUGAAAGAGUGCAAAAUUCAUCUUCCACGAAAAUUCACAAUGUUCAGGUGGAAUGUCACUUAUACUUCCCUCAGCUUGAGUUACAUAACGUAUGCAAAAAGCAUGGUAUCUCAUUAACCGCAUAUGCACCACUUGGGUCACCUGGGCGAUCUAACUGGGAAGUUCCAAAUAGAGGGAAGAUGCAAUGGGCAGAAGCAAAAGCAGAUUUAGAGAAUGAAAUAGUGAAAAAACUUAGCAAGAAGUAUGGGAAAACCCCAGCCCAAAUAUGCUUGCGGUACUUGAUUGAGCGUGGUAUUUGUGUCAUUCCAAAGAGUGUCAAAAAUCAUCGAGUCAAGGAGAAUUUUGAUGUAUUUGAUUUCAAACUCACCGAAAACGAAGUGGAAGAACUAAACAACAUCAGUCAUCGUCAGCGUCUUUUCUUUUUCGAUUAUAUGAUCAAUCAUCCGGAGGAUCCAUUUAAAAACGAACGUCAAUGA